AUGUAUUUCCCAAAACCUUUACUUGCGGUGAUAUCCGCCAUCCUCUUCCUCACCCUCUCCGCCAAUGCCAACAAGUUGGAACCCGAAGGAGGCGUCCUACAACUCGUCAAGGACGCACCGCGCUUCACAUUUGACUACGAGACCAGGGAUCCCCACGAAAAGAACUGGAUCGGUCUUUACUACGAGGCGGGCCAAGGCCUGAUCCCCAACUGGGGCGAGCAGUACACCAAGAACUCGGUCUCAUGGAAAUACGCACCCAAGCGCAAGGGUAGAGUCACCCUCGAGACCGAGGGACUCAAGCCCGGUCGAUACAGUGCCUUCUUCCACGCCAGGGACAAGUACGUGUGGUUGGCACCGCCGUUUGACGUCUUCAUCACCAAGAAGGAGGAGCACAACCUCGAGUUCGUCGUCGAUGAGAUUACCCUCCCUGAUGCACGUGGAGGUGACUGGUACAGCGCCACGGUCGCGGGUCUGAUUCGAGGUGGCAACAAGGGAGUCAAGUUCUACGAUGGAACACCAGUGCCAAACUGGCUUUGGCUCAGCACGGAUGGCACCAUCAGUGGCAAGCCGUUCAGGACCUCCAAGGCGGCUGAAUUCGUCGUCUGGGCCAAGCGCGGAAAUUCAUUGGCAUCCCUCAAGGUCAAGAUUGGCGUGCGUAGCCGUACCGAGGUCAAGGUGCCUCAGCUGAGGGUCAUGACAUACAACCUAUGGUUCGGUGGUGGCAAGUUCAAGGACUACCACGACAAGCAGCUGCGGUUCAUCGUCAACUCCAAGGCCGACAUCAUCGGUAUUCAGGAGGACGGCUCGGGCGAACGGGCCAAGGCUCUGGCUGAGGCUCUGGGUUGGCACUACUGGGCUAGCAAGGUGAGCCACAGCAUCCUCAGCAAGUACCCCAUCCAGGUCACCUCGGGCAACAUCAACAGAUCAGGCGGUGCCCGCAUCGAGCUGGACGGUGACUGGCAGAUGGUCAACUUCUGGGUCGCCCACCUCAACUACAAGCCCUACGGACCCUACGACUUUUGCUACAGCGGGAUGAAGGCCGACAAGGUGAUGCAGCGCGAGUACGACAGCGGUCGGCCGAUGCAGGUUGAGGAUACGCUCAAGGCUAUGAAGUACGACCUCCGGACCGCCGACAUCGAGCCCCUCUUCCUCGUCGGUGACUUCAACGCGCCGUCGCACCUCGACUGGACCGACAAGCGCAAGAAGAAGAACUGUGGCCAGGGCAAGUUCAACUGGCCUACAUCGAUGAAGGCCACCGAAGCCGGCAUGAUCGACUCGUACCGCGUGGCGCACCCAAACCCGGACCAGGACGAGGGCAUCACGUACGGACCCAUAACACCAUGGAACAAGGACUGGGGCAAGGAGGAGCCGAAUGAGCGGCUGGACUUUAUCUACUACAAGGGUGCUGGCCUCGAGGUGGUGGACUCUUGGGUUAUGAAGCCUCCCAAGUCGGGUCACCCCCUGGAUGAGUGGACUUCGGAUCACUCGGCUGUCAUGACGCUGUUCAACCUUAGCGGUGAGGUUGAAAUUGGCGAUUUGAGGAAGUAA